GUGUUUUGUUUCAAAUGUCCUCUUUUAUUGAAUGUUGAUCUUUUUUUAGCAAAUGUUUUUCCUCCUCAUAUCAUGAUUUUUUGUUUAUUAUUUGUUUAAAUAUAUAUUUAUUUAUUUGAUUUAUGCUUUAGAAUUAAAUUUAUAUAUAAAUAAAUAAUAAAGUUUCAAAACAAUUAAAGAACUACAGCAAUAAUUUACACAGUUAAACAUUUCCAGGUAAUAUAUAGAGGAGUUGAUCGCUGUUUUACUGCGCAAGCUCUUCAGCCAACUAAAGUUUAUAGCUUUACAGUUUCAGCUUGGAUGAGUGAGGGUAGAUGCGAAAGUUUACCCAGAACACGUCGAAUCAGCAAGCAAUAUUAAUCCAAGGCAUGGCUGCAUAUAGACAAAAGAAACAUCGUCAUUUUAAACAACAAAAAGAAAUAAAUACUUUCUAUCCAGAGGAAAAUUUAUCUGAAUAUUUAGACACUGCGAUUGAUCCAUCUAUUGAAAUUGAUACUUUGAGUAAUUUAGUAAUCUAUCAAUCUGAAGAUACUCAAAUUGAUGUUUCUGAAUUUUCUGAAUUUGAUUCAUCUUCCGAUUCAUUUAUUGAUUCAGAAUAUUAUUCUCAUACAUUUCCAGCUGAUAGUUUUUCAGAUAAUGAACCUUUUCAUCAGCAAUCAACUGAUUUAAUAGAAACCAAUUGCCGUGAAAAAUUACAGAAAUGGACUGUAGACCAUCGAAGCCAUUUGACUGUUGAAACAGUAGAAGAUUUGUUAAAAAUACUGAGGGUAGAAAAUAUUCAUAAUUUACCUAAAUCUGCAGUUACAUUGAUGCAUACAAAGUCAAAUAAAAAUAUAAAUUUAAUGAAUAGCGCAAAAAACACAAUUGGAUAUUUUAUGUUUCUUGGUAUAGAACAAGGCUUAAAAAAUGAAAAAUUGAGUAAAAUGUCAUUGAUACCAGGAGUUUUGUGGAAGAGUUUUGAAAUUGUUUUAAUUAAAGAAGCAAAAAGCUAUGAACAAGGAUUGCGACAUAUGAUUAGGCCAUGCUCUGAAUUUGUAGUUCAGAGCAGUAAUUUUGAAGAUUUAAACAGUUCAGAAGAAGAAUCUGCUCUUGUUAAAUUAAGCAACUCUGAGCUUAAAGCAUCUUUAAAAGAUAUCUCUUCGUUUAAAGAGCAUGAGUCCUUUGUUUCCUUUAAAGUAAAGAAAAGGCGAUCGUCAUGUUGUGAUGAAGAAUCUAAUGAUUCUUUGUCCUCAUCUCCUAAAAUAAAGACCUAUAAAUGUAACCCAGAGAGAAAAAACCAAAUGGUAAAGAAUUCUAGUAUGUCACAUGAAAACUCCAGGAAAAGUUUAAAUGAAAAUAAAAUAAAGAAAAAAGAUGUGAUACUUAAUCCAAAUUAUAAGUAUUGCCCUACAUGUGGCUGUGCAGCUAAAAAUGCUCCUGCAUCGAAAGCUAAUCUGGAAUCUGCCAGGAGAAGUAUCGAAUAUCGUAUUAGAGAGAAAGCGAAAAUCACAAGAGCGUUGUUUAGUGUUCACAAUAACACAUAUUCAAAAAAUUAUAUCCGAACAGACAAUUAACGAAUUACCAUUCAACGAUGUAGAAAACUUCCUUGAUUUUGAUAAUAAAUUAAAAACUGAUACAGUAAUGAUGCAAAAACUGAAAUGCUUUAUCAUGUUAAAUGUGAAAAGUACAUCAAAACUUUCUGAAAAUUUUUCUUUUAUAAUUCCUAAGAUUAUUUUACCAAGUAUUCAAGUACUCUACAGUGCUUUUGGGUGAGAAUCAAAAGGUGUAAAAAAGUUAAAUUUUUCUGGCACAGAAACUUAUAGAUAUUUGCUAGAAGUAGUUACAAUCAAAAUUUCCUGACAUAAAUGAAAAAGAAAUUUCAAGUCAAAUAGGUCGCUGGUUUUCAGGUGCAAAGGAUAGAGAUGGUGGAAAGAGAUACCGAUUAUUAAAUAAAAAAAGUCGUGAAGAGCGAAAAUAAAGACGAAACUCUAUAAUAUUAUGUAUUUGUAAUUAUACAAAAAAAAAUUACUUAAAAAAUAAAAAUAAUAUAUAUAUA